AUGGGCGGCAGCGGCUGCUACGUCUACGUCCACUCGCUGACGCACGAGUUCGCCGCGAACCGGCCCGACGGUUUUAUUGACGACGGGGACCUCAAGGCCAAGGAGGACGCGGCCGGUGGCCUCCCCGUCGUCGCGCUCACGGAGGUCGUCGGCGAGAUCAAGCGCAUCAUCGAGGAGGAGAAGAAGACGCCCCUGCUCCUCGACGCGUCCGAGGACCGCAAGCUCGCGACGUUCUUCAGCUUCAAGGGCGUCCUCGUCGACGGCACGAAGCUCGCGCUCCCGCUCCGGAACAAGGCGCGGCCCAAGCCCAAGGUCUUCAUGGAGGAACUGCGGGCCAAGGCCGUCCAGGCCAUGAAGGGCGGCCAGACGCUCGCGCUCGACCUCGGCGACGCGGAGGGGAGCAAGGCGCCGUUCUGGUCGACGCUCUGCAAGCCCGACGGCGUCCGCAAGGAGCUCUUCAUCGAGGGCGGCAAGGGCCUCACGCGCAACAAGAUGGCCUACACGAAGAUGUGGAAGGACGAGGAGAAGGAGCACGGCUCCGCGUGCCCGAGGGACGACUUCCAGUUCGUCGUCGUCACCGCGCUCUCGCCGAAGGAGUACGAGAAGGAGCUCUUCGACGACGCCGUGCCCAAGGAGCACGCCUACCCCGUCGUCGUCGCGAGCGACUAA